AUGACAUUAUUCCCAUUGUUGUUUCUGUCUGCUGUGUUACCCUCAUCCCUUCUUCAAGACGACUAUGAGUUAUGGAAUGAAAAUUUUGAGAAUUUGUCAACGACUAGAGAGUCAGUCCAAGAAGAGAUUGUAAACAAGCACAACCAACUGAGAAGAAUGGUUUCUCCCCCUGGUAGUGACUUACUAAAGAUGCAAUGGAGCAAUGAUGCCCGAGUGAAUGCACAGAGGUGGGCAAACCAGUGCACUUAUGAACACAGUCCUCCAGAAGCCAGGACCACCAACAUAAGAUGUGGUGAAAAUAUCUUUAUGUCAAGUUACCCAGCAUCAUGGUCUCAUGCAAUCCAAAGCUGGUAUGAUGAAGUCAAUGAUUUCAGCUUUGGUUCAGGUCCAAAUAGAACUGAUGCAGUAGUUGGACAUUAUACUCAGGUUGUUUGGAAUACAUCUUUCCAAGUUGCAUGUGGAGUUGCUAAAUGCCCUGACCAAUCACUGAAAUUCUUGUAUGUUUGUCAAUAUUGCCCUCCUGGUAAUUUUGUAGGAAGGCAAUACAUCCCUUACACAGUGGGAGAACCAUGUGCCCUUUGUCCUGAUCACUGUGAAGAUGGACUAUGCACAAAUAGUUGUGAAUAUGAAGAUAUGUAUUCUAACUGUGCAGAUUUGAAGACUUCACUAACCUGUGACUAUCCAAUGGUUAAACAAAACUGCAAUGCUACAUGCAACUGUGAAGGCAAAAUUCAUUAA